CCUGACUCGCGUGACGAGCGUUUGUAAAAUCCCUCUGUUUAGCUGCCACCAUUAACGACGCUUUUCCUCUUUCCUCCUCCUCCUCCUCCCCCUAUCAAAAGCUGCCCGUUCUUUCUGCCCCUGACCGUCGUUUCUACUCUACUGUCUCCCUUUCCGGCCAUUCUUGCUUCAUCUCUGCGGCUCAGACGCAUGGUUUCUUGAGCCUUCUUGAAGGCCAUUGAAGCCGCUUGCUCCGAGAACAUGAACUCCAUCACCUCCGUGGAGCUCAAUUACCUCGUCUUCCGCUACCUUCAAGAAUCAGGCUUCACCCAUGCUGCUUUUGCUUUUGGAUAUGAGGCGGGGAUAAACAAAUGUCCAAUUGAUGGAAAUUUGGUGCCCCCGGGUGCUCUUAUUACAUUUGUUCAGAAAGGGCUACAAUACUUGGAAAUGGAAGCGAACUUGAGUAAUUGUGAUACAGACAUAGAUGAAGAUUUUUCAUUCUUACAACCUUUGGAUCUUAUCACAAAAGAUGUGCAUGAACUAAGGCAAAUGAUUAUUGAAAGAAGGAAAAAACUACAGAAGGAAAAAAGUAAGGGCCUUGAGAAGGAAAAUGAAGUUGAACGUGGACGAGUGAGAGAAAAGGAAAGACAUGAAAAGGAGAAAGUAUGCGAAAAGGACCGAGAGAAGGUUGAAAAUGACAGAGAAAGAGAAUCACAUCAUGAACAUAAGACCGACAGAAUGGAUACAGAUCAAGAAGAUAAACCUACUGUUAAGCAAGAAGAAAAUGGCACUUUCAGAGGACCAGAACCCAUGGAUAUCUCUACAACUUCAACAUCUCAACCAAGUGAAAUCCUGAGUUCUGAUGUGACUAUUUUGGAGGGGCAUACGUCGGAGGUCUGUGCUUGUGCAUGGAGUCCUACAGGGUCUCUUCUUGCAUCAGGGUCUGGGGACUCAACAGCUCGCAUUUGGACAAUAGCAGAAGGCAGAAGUAAAUCUGGUUCGCAGAAUGGCCCUUUGAAUGUCUUGGUGUUGAAGCAUGUUAGAGGCAGAACUAAUGAAAAGAGUAAAGACGUAACUACACUCGAUUGGAAUGGUGAGGGGACAAUGCUUGCAACUGGUUCAUAUGAUGGGCAAGCAAGAAUUUGGACCACCAAUGGUGAACUGAGGAGUACAUUAAGCAAACACAAGGGACCCAUAUUCUCUCUGAAGUGGAACAAGAAAGGCGAUUAUCUUCUUACUGGAAGCUGUGAUAAAACUGCAAUUGUGUGGGAUGUUAAGGCAGAGGAAUGGAAACAGCAAUUUGAAUUUCAUUCAGGUCCAACUCUUGAUGUUGACUGGCGUAACAAUGUAUCAUUUGCAACAAGCUCCACUGACAAUAUGAUAUAUGUCUGCAAGAUUGGUGAAAACCGGCCUAUAAAAACUUUUGCUGGCCACCAGGGUGAAGUUAAUUGUGUAAAAUGGGAUCCCACUGGUUCAUUGCUGGCCUCCUGUUCUGAUGAUAUUACUGCAAAGAUAUGGAGUUUGAAGCAGGACACAUAUCUCUAUGAUUUAAAGGAGCAUUCCAAGGAGAUAUAUACAAUCAGAUGGAGCCCAACUGGUCCUGGUACAAGUAACCCUAACCAAAAAUUGGUGUUGGCUAGUGCAUCAUUUGACUCGACUGUAAAGCUGUGGGAUGUUGAAGUCGGGAAACUUAUCUGUAGCUUGAAUGGACACAGGGAUCCUGUGUAUUCUGUAGCAUUCAGCCCCAAUGGUGAGUAUUUAGCCAGUGGAUCUCUUGACAAAUCCAUGCACAUUUGGUCAUUGAAAGAAGGGAAGAUUGUGAAAACAUACACGGGCGAAGGAGGCAUUUUUGAGGUCUGCUGGAAUAAGGAGGGUGACAAAAUCGCGGCAUGUUUUGCUAAUAACACAGUUUGUGUUUUGGAUUUCAGAAUGUAGCCGUGAGGAAGCCCAAUGUUAUCCAUAACCCCAGAGUUAGAUAUUGCCUGUGAAAUUAAAUUCGUUCUCCUCCCUGUAGGCUAGAUUGGUGCAAGUGUAUUUUUAUGUGGGUAGGUUUUCAUUUUAUCGUAAUUGUAAUCAUAACUCGGAUAUUCCUGUAAACAUUGCUCUAAAUCAUAGUGAAAUAACUUUAGCAUGAGUAGUCACAUCUUGAUCAA